AGCCAGCAGCUGCUGCUCUGACACUGACUCAGCUCAGCCUCCUGCCAGCCCAGCCUGCAGCCCCGGCCUGAGUGCGUUGCCUGUGUGGCAUCCUCAGGAGCAGCCAUGGAGACUCCAGUGCCAGGAUCAGCCGAGAUGCCACGCCAGUUCCCCAAGCUGAACAUCUCUGAGGUGGAUGAGCAAGUCCGGCUCCUGGCCGAGAAGGUGUUCGCUAAAGUGCUCCGAGAAGAGGACAGCAAAGAUGCCCUGUCCCUCUUCACCGUCCCCGAGGACUGCCCCAUCGGCCAGAAGGAGGCCAAGGAGAGGGAGCUGCAGAAGGAGCUGGCGGAGCAGGAGUCGGUGGAGACUGUGAAAAGAAAGAAAAGUUUCAAGAUGAUUCGGUCCCAGUCCCUGUCUCUGCAAAUGCCAACGCAGCCAGAUUGGAAGGGCCCCCCGACAACCACUCCAGCCAUGUCUCCUGCAACACCUGUGCUCCCUGGAGCCACUUGCCAGCUCGCGCCAGCACCUUUUGCCAUGCCCGAGUACCAGCGGGUAACCAUCAGCGGAGAUUACUGUGCCGGGAUCACCGUGGAGGACUAUGAGCAGGCCGCCAAGAGCCUGGCCAAGGCCCUGAUGAUCCGGGAGAAAUAUGCCCGGCUUGCCUAUCACCGUUUCCCACGGACCACAGCCCAGUACUUGGGUCAUUCACGGGUGGAUACAGCAUCUCCAGGGGAGGGCCUUCCAGAAUUCCACCCUUCCCCACUGCCCCAGGAAGACCCUUACCGUAUAGAUGAUGCUCCCCCCAACCUGGGCUACCUGGUCCGCAUGCAGGGGGGCAUCCUCUUCGUGUACGACGACGAGAAGAUGCUGGAGCGCCAGGAGCCCCACAGCCUGCCCUACCCUGACCUGGAGACCUACACGGUGGACAUGAGCCACAUCCUGGCCCUCAUCACGGAUGGUCCCACGAAAACAUAUUGUCACCGGCGACUGAACUUUCUGGAAUCCAAGUUCAGCCUUCACGAGAUGUUAAAUGAGAUGUCUGAGUUCAAAGAGUUGAAGAGUAACCCCCACCGAGACUUCUAUAAUGUGAGAAAGGUGGACACGCACAUCCACGCGGCUGCCUGCAUGAAUCAGAAGCACUUGCUGCGCUUUAUCAAGCACACGUACCAGACGGAGCCGGACAGAAUCGUGGCCGAGAAGCAGGGCCAGAAGAUCACCCUGCGGCAGGUGUUCGACAGCCUGAACAUGGACCCUUACGACCUCACUGUGGAUUCGCUGGACGUCCACGCAGGCCGGCAGACAUUCCACCGCUUCGACAAGUUCAACUCUAAAUACAAUCCUGUGGGGGCCAGUGAGCUACGUGACCUGUAUUUGAAAACAGAAAACUAUUUGGGAGGAGAGUACUUUGCUCGGAUGGUCAAGGAGGUGGCCCGGGAGCUGGAGGAGAGCAAGUACCAGUACUCGGAGCCGAGGCUCUCCAUCUACGGCCGCAGUCCCGACGAGUGGCUCAACCUGGCCCACUGGUUCAUCCAGCACAAGGUCUACUCUCCUAACAUGCGCUGGAUCAUCCAGGUGCCCCGGAUCUAUGACAUAUUUAGGUCAAAGAGGCUGCUGCCAAGCUUUGGGAAGAUGUUGGAGAACAUCUUCCUGCCCCUUUUUGAGGCCACAAUCAACCCCCAAGAUCACCGAGAGCUUCACCUCUUCCUGAAAUACGUGACAGGGUUCGAUAGUGUGGAUGAUGAGUCCAAGCACAGUGACCACAUGUUCUCGGACAAGAGCCCCAACCCGGACAUCUGGACCAGUGAGCAGAACCCACCCUACAGCUACUACCUGUACUACAUGUAUGCCAACAUCAUGGUGCUCAACAACCUCCGCAGGGAGCGAGGUCUGAGCACGUUCCUGUUCCGGCCUCACUGCGGCGAGGCUGGGUCCAUCACCCACCUGGUGUCUGCUUUCCUGACUGCCGACAACAUUUCCCACGGGCUGCUCCUCAAGAAGAGUCCGGUGUUGCAGUAUCUCUACUACCUGGCUCAGAUCCCCAUUGCCAUGUCUCCUCUUAGCAACAACAGUCUGUUCCUUGAAUACUCCAAAAACCCUCUGAGGGAGUUCCUGCACAAGGGACUGCAUGUUUCCCUCUCCACCGAUGACCCCAUGCAGUUCCACUACACAAAGGAAGCACUUAUGGAAGAAUAUGCAAUUGCUGCCCAAGUGUGGAAGCUGAGCACGUGUGACCUGUGUGAGAUCGCCAGGAACAGCGUGCUGCAGAGCGGCCUCUCACAUCAGGAAAAGCAGAAGUUUCUGGGACAAAAUUAUUAUAAAGAAGGACCUGAAGGAAAUGAUAUUCGAAAGACAAACGUUGCUCAGAUCCGGAUGGCAUUCCGAUAUGAGACCUUAUGCAAUGAGCUCAGCUUCCUGUCUGAUGCCAUGAAAUCAGAACAGAUCACAGCCCUGACCAAGUAGGUCGAGCACUGGACAUGCAUUUUAACUUUCUGGUUUAAUUUCACGCCUGCUGUGAUUAACGGUGGUCAAGAUACCAUACUAGGACUUUCCUCCCGGGAGAGGAUGCCUCUGAAGAACCUUCAAACCUAGUGAUUUUGGUUGUACCGUCACUUUAAGACCCGACAUGUCCACUUCUGUUAGUAUUUCUGAGUAAUAGGUGGUGACUGCUCCUUGGGGAUCUGGGAGAUAGACAGUUGUCUGUACUCAUUCCUAAUUUUCCAAAUAUUUCUCUUGAAACCGCUAGUGCUUGCAUUGUUAGGGCCAGGAUCUUCCACGGAUCAAGUGGCUACUGACAUGGGGUCUGUGUGGUUUUCUGCCAUAGUCCGCUGUAGGCCGUACAGUCUUUGUGGUAGUUGUUCAUUUCGGCCUCUUGCUGCCUUAAACAAAAUCAAUUUCAAAGCUCCCUGUCAUAAGGAGCUACUCUGAGAGAAUUAAAAUAGAUAACUUCUGCUCUGGCCGGUGUGCUCAGUGGAGAGAGUGUCGGCCCCUGAACUGAAGGGUUGUGGGUUCGAUUCCGGUCAAGGGCA